CCUUAAUUUUCACAAAUGUCAAAUUUAUAAACAAAAAUGGUAAAAAAAGUAGUAAAUCCACGUCAUGCGAUUUAGAUGAAUCAAUCAUCUUUAUACCACAGACUAGUAAUCUGUGUUUAUACAAUGGCAACCUCUUCCACUCCUCGUAAAAGUGAAAAUGAAAGAAAAGCUAAUCAUAAUCCGCAUUAUGAACGUAACAGAAUAUUUUCGUCUACAACAACUAACCAUUAUAAGAAUAAAUUGGCCCGAAUAGGCAUUGAAAAGGAUUUGAGAGAGUUAAUAGAACGAAAAAAAUUAGAAAAGGAACAAGAAAAGAAUAACCCUUCCCCACCUAAAAAUCUAUCUAAUGAUGAAUCACAAAUAUCAAGAAAAGUGAGAUUUGCAGAAGAUAAGCUGCCUAUUCAGAGAUCAAAGUCUUUCACUUCUGGAACCAAUAAAAAUAUUGAUAACAAUUUUGAAGCUGAAAGUGAAGUUUUGAGAGAGAAAACCUCACCAAAAAAAUUCAGCAGAAGUUUUAGAGCAAAAAGAAAGGAUUUUAUUGAUCUACAAAAUCCUACAAACAUAAAAGUUGAACUGCAAACUAAUUCUGGUGAACGAAAAUGUAUUGUUGAUGAGAAUGUACACCUGGCAACUGUGAAAUGUGAUUUGAGAAAUUGCAGAAAUAUAUUAAAUCAUGUUGAGAGCAAAUAUAGUGUAUUACAAGCAGCUCUUGUAGAGAAAAAUGAAAAACCCAAAUCACAAAAUCAAAGUGUAUUGCAAGCAGGUCUUGUAGAGAAAAAUGAAAAACCCAAAUCACAAAAUCAAAGUGGUGAUCGAAAUAAAUCCUUCAAUAAGAAGAAUAAAGGAUCUACUCAAAAACCUAUUCAAAAUGAAGGAUCUGUAAACCCUACUAGAAAUUCAACAUUGGGGGGUAUUGACUAAUAAAUGGUACUAAUAGAUGUUAUGUGUUUUAUCUUUAUUUUUAAAGAAGUGAAAUAUUAUUAUGAUUUUAUUUUUGAUUAUGGCUUUAAUAUAAAUUAUUAUAUAUGUAUACAUUUUUAUAUAGUGAGAUGUUUAAAUUAUUCUUGUUGGAUUUUUAUGUCACGAUUCUUAAAAUAUAUUAUAAAUGGAUAAUUUACAUGAAUAAAUUUAUUCUGAAUAA